CUUAAUUAAGUAAUAUUAAAAACAAUUCUAAAAGUACAAGGAAUAAUUUACUUUUUAUAAAGAAAGGCUUCUUAGUUUUUUUAGAACAUCAUAAUAAAUACCAAACAAACUAAAAUCAAAAAGUAUAAAUAAAUGAAAUUUAAAUUAAAUAAGCUUAAAUACAUUGAUUUAUUUGGAAGGAGGACGGAAUUAAGUAUGAAUGGUUAAAAGAGUCAUAAAACAUGGUGCGGAACAUUUUGUACAAUAAUGAUAUUUACAAUAUGCGCUGUUUCAGCAAUCUAUUAUAUAACAUAAUUUUUUAGAAGAGCUAACCCACAAUAUAUUUACAGUGAAGUUUAUGAUUCAAUCUAUGAUGUAAAGUAAGAUAAAAACACUAUUAGUCCAUUUUCAAAUUUAAAAAUUGGAUCAAAUGGUUUUUUUGCUAUGAUGGGAUUUGAAAAUAAAGACUAUAAUAUUAAUGAAUACAAAGUAUAGUUUACAGUGCUAUCUUAAGGUAAAAUAGUAUCUGAAUAUAAAGGAAUUAAUUGUUCUGAAAUAGACUACUUUUAAGACUUAAUGGAAGAUUCGAGCAUUUCUGAAAUGUAGAAUUUUUAGUUUGUCAAAGAAAAUCCUUAAAAUUUUAUAUGUUUAGGAAAUUCUGAAGUAGAUAGCUUGUUAUUUGUCUAUGAGGCAUAAAGUGCCAUAUUUAUUUAAUUAAGCUGCCCUGAUUCUUAAAGUUGCAAAAGUUUAAAUGGUUAAAGGGUUUUUAUCUUAUCAUCUGAUUAUUUAGUAGUCAUGUAAGAUUUCUCUAAUCCUUUAGAUUUAUAUAUUAUGAGUAACUAUGUAGAUUUAGAUUUAAAUUACAGUACCAUAGUUGAUGUUCAACUACAAAAGGUUCUCAUUUAAACAGAUAUUGGAUAUUUAACUACAGAAUACGAGUAUUAGUAGUAGGUUACUUUCAAAGAUUUCAAAAGAUACAAUUAAAUAAGAAAUCCAACAUCUUUCUCCUCUCCACUUUUGAUAAUUGAGAUUUAGCCUUUCUCAAAAAGGUAGAUUUAUCGGAGAUCUUAUCCUAAAUUCCUUAGCGUAUUGAGUAUAAUUGGUGGUCUUAUGAAAACGCUAUUGGUAAUUGGGUAUUUUUGCACAAAACCAUUUUCUAAAAUUUCUAUGAGAUCAGAAUUAGUUAACUAGUUAUUUACUUUUGAAAAAAUAAGCAGUAAAAAGUUGAAAAAGAUUCAUGAAAUUUAGGGUUUGAGCGAAGAAAACUUUAAUAUGGAUGAUAAUAAUAAUUAAAAGCUUCCCAGAUCAAAAACAAUGACACUUACUAAUCGAAAUUAAUAAAAAAAAGAUUAAAUAGCAAGAAGUUUUGAAAAGUUAAAGGAUGAUCAUAUAAAAUUAUAAAUAUAUAAUAGUGAGUAAUUAACCUCUUUAAGAAAUACUCCUUAUUCAAAUUAUAAUCUAGAAUCUAAUUUAAAUACUGAAAUACCCCACAGUAAUUUAAUAACAGCAAGAUAGUUUAAUGGUAAUAGUGGAUAAUAAAAACAAUUUUUUGUGUAUCCUGUAAGUCAUUAUGAAACUUAAUCCAUAGAAAAUUAUGAAAAUUUAUAAACUGAUUUUAAGUAAAAUUUAAAGACUCAACACAAUGAUGAUGGGAUAAGGUAUUCUCCUAUAUAAAAAUAAUAUUCUAAUAACAGUGAAAUACUUUCUGAUGAUUAAUUUAACAGCGCAAACUAAAAUCAUGCUAAUUUUCCAUAAAUUUUAAACUCGAUAGAUAUUGGUUAGAAAUAUUAACCUAAAUUAUUUAAUAAAAAUAAUAGUUUUUAAAAAGAGUCAUAAUUUAUAGCUUUAAAUGAUAAUUUUAUUGAGAAAACUAAUAAUUAUUUUAAAGAACAAAAGAUAUAAAACUAAAAUGAUUUAGAUAAUGGAAACCUUAAAACAUUUUAAACUUAAUAUUCUUAAGAUUUAAUAACAUAAGGACCUCUAACAACAUAACACAAUAACCAAUUUAUGAAUCACUUAGACUUUGAAACCAUCAAAGAUAAAAAUAAUGUAACUUAAUCCACAAAAUCAAGUUUAAAGAGACUUAAUCAAAGCAGGUAAUUAAAACAUUCUCUUUCACAAUAUGAUGAUAAUAAAGGAAAUUAAGUAGAUUUGCAAAAGUAAUUGGAGUAAAAGAAUUUAAUGUAAAGAAGAAAUGCAAACUUCGAUAGAGACAAAAAGGCUUUUAUUAAAAAAGAAACAAAUAGAGGGUCAUUAUUUUCAAUUUAAGAUUAGACAUAAAAUUAAGAUUAAGAAAAGGAUUAGAAAAAAUAAACAAGUAUUAAGCUAACAAAGAAUGCUUCCUUGCAAAAAAAAGAUUCCAUAAAACCUCCUAAUGGAUAAUAAAGCUAGGCUGAAGGUGAACAACAAUAAAAUGGGAGCACAUCUAGAAGAAUAAAAUCUUUUUUUUCAUCUAAGACUAAAGAAAUUACUGACUUAAUUCGUUUUAAUAUAAAUUAGAGAUAAUAACAUAAUAAAGAAGAUGAAACCUAGAAAAACAAUGAAAAUUUAAGUAAUAAUUAACAAUCUUAAAGCUAAAGUGUAGAAGAAAAGAAAAAGAAACACUCAAACUUGAUAAAAUAAAAAACAAACAAAAAAUUUGAAGGAAUAUUAAAUGAGAAAUAGGAAAAGUCAAUGAUUUUAAAUAUUAUAGAUUAUGUAAAAUACUUUUUUGCUUGCUUUAAAGAUACAACAAAAGUAAAAUAAAUGAAAUACACAAAUAAAAAAGUGAAAAAGCGCCUUGAUAUUAUUUACAUUUUAGAGAAAUUAAUUGAAAUUGAUAAGCUGAAAGUACUUCUCUUAAACCCUGAUUAAAUUAACUUAUUUGACUAUAUGCCAAAAGAAUUUGUGUAGUUUAAUAGCAUGGAAAACACAGAGAUUUAUGAUAAAGAUAACAAAUUCGCUACAUGGUCUUUGCUAUGUGCUGAAAAAUCAGCCUUAGAUAAAUAUUCUAAUGCAUGCAUAGCUUAUCAUCAUAUUUAAUAAAAUAGUAACAAAACAAAAAUUGAUAAAAAGCUCAUACAAAUGCUGGAUCCAUAAGUGAAAAGAUACUUUAAUAAGAUGUUAAUUUAACCUGAAGAAUUAAAUUAAUAUAGAACUUUAUUGGCCGAUUAUUCCCUUAGUCAAGAUGAAAAGAACCCAGAUGCUAAUCAAAAUAUGAAUCAACUUUACUUGAACUAGUAAAAUGAGCUAUACAAUACUGACAGUCACUAAUAAAAUAUUUUCAAUUCCCAAAUUUAGCACAAUCUAAUUAAUUCUAAUUAGCCAUAUUUAAAUUAAUUGCAUAUGGCACAAUCAUAAAAUAUUAAUUAUAUGAGCAGCAACUUUUAAUAAUAAGGAAUAAACUAAUUCUAAUUACUUGAAAAAAGUAGAAAUCCUUAUUUAAAUAAUGAUAUAUUCAAUAGCUAGAGAAUAGUGGAUAAAUUAAACUAUUCAUUUUAUAUACCUCAUGAAUAAUAAUCUACCUUUAGUAUUCAAGAAAAGCCAAUAAAAGGAGAAAAAAAUUAAAUAAAUUUACAUUAAAGUAAUAAAUCCUUAUCUCCUAAGUCAACUAAGCAUGAUCCAUCAAAACUUUCUCCUGAUUUGUAUAAAUAUAAUAAGUAAAGUAGUCCAGAUUUUUUUGCUAUGAAUAAUCUCAAAAAUAAUAAAAAACUAACUUUAAAAUAUUAAUGGCAAGCUCCAAUUAUUGAAGAAAGCAAUAUAUUUAUUUCCUCUGAGUAAUUUGGUGGGUCAUAGAAACAACCAAAAGAUCCAAACAGUCCUACUUAAUUUCCCAAACAACUUGAAGAAAAAAAAUCUAAUUUAUGGAUUAAAAGAACCCAAUCGAUUGCAAUAGCAAAUCAAGAAAAGUAAAGUGAAGAGAGAAAUAAUAGUGAUUUUGAUGAAUAAAAAAGCUAAAUUUAAAUGAAUUAAUUGAGUAUCCCUAAAGUAUAGCAACCUGCUGAAACGACAAAUGGAGAAAAUAACGAAGAAGUUAUUAAAUUUGAAAAUACUGAAAAUACAUCUUUGAAUUAGUCAGAAAAGCUAACUACACCUCCUAGUUCAUAAAUGAAAAAUAAAAAUUUUAAAACUAAUUCCAACUCACAAUGA